UAAAAAAUAAAUAAAAAAAAUAAAUAAAAUAAAAAAAGAAGAUUUGAAAUAACAAUUAAAAAAAAAAAAAAGAAACAUAAGUGACAGGGCAUAUAGAGGUAUUGUUUUCAAAAUGAUAGUAGAGAGGCCAGGAAAACUGAGUACUGAGUGGUAGGCCAUUGGGAAAAUAACUUUAUUGACAAUACUUAAAAAUUUUCUAGGAAAGAUAUGUUUCUGUAUAUUUUACUUAUGGCUUAAAGUCUAAACAAAACAGUGAGAACUUGGGAGAAUAUAAUACAUGAAAGUUAUCCAAAAGAGGAAGAAGAUUGAGGUUUACAGAGAAGGGCUCUUGUGUAAUACAAGCUCUUUGAAAGGGACAAAGAUUUCCAAGUAGUUGUUAGCAAAAGGCUGAAAGAUAAGGGUGCUUUUAUAAGUUAGAUGAGGAAACACUGAUAUACCUCUUCAGGGGUUAUUAUCCAGACAGAGUUUUCCUUAUCGGUAAUUACUAGGUCCAUUUGAGAUAAGGAACUUGGGUAUUUGCUCACUGCUCAUAGUAUAGCAACAAACACUGUCUAAUCUGGAAUAUUCAUUAGUCAAUCCUUUUGGAUUACUUCUGUUUGAACAAUGGAAAAGAAGAGGUCAAAUUUGUUAUUAUAAAGUAAUUAUGGAAGAACUGUGUAAAUACAAAGAGAAAGCUAUCUUAAGUGAGACUAUUCCUGUUACAUUGAUGAUUGAGAAAGUCAUUCAAAACUUGCUAAGAAAAACUUGGCAGUAUUUAAAUUAAAUGUUGGUAGCACACAGAUGAUAAGACCUGAACCAUGGCAGAGAUAGAAAAAAGGGGAAUUUGAGAACCAUUCUGAAGAAAUCAACAGAAUAUAGUGAUUAAGUCUUUUUUUUUCUUUUCAGAAGCAACUAGGUCUUUAUUUUAAUGAUAAAUUUUUUUUUACUUUCUUUCAGUUGCAAGAAGUUCUAUAAUUCAGAAUUAUAUAAGUAAUCUUUAUGCAUAUUAUGAAUGAUUACUACUGUACUUAGAAGUUACAUUCAGUUGAAGACUCUGAAAUCAAAUAUAUUCAUAACUUCUACUUGCAAUUGGCAUUAUGUUUCAGUCCACAAAAAUAAACAAACAAAAGAUGAAGAAAGAACCAAGUCAAAAUAGAUGAGAAAGGAUGGUGCAACAAGGUUUCUGGCAUAAAAUGCAAUAAGCAAUAUGGCUAAUUCACAAAUGGCUUACCGUAAAAGUCCUCUGUACUUGACAUAAAUUUGGCCAGAAGGUGCACUUUUUGUUCUCAAACAUAAACAUACUGAAGCAUAACUAGAAUACAUAAAAGUAUACAAUCACAACUGUGCAGCUCAAUGGAUUUUCUUGGCCCACAUUUGUGAUACCCAAUAUGAGGAGAGAAAUCAGUUAACAUGGUUAAUAUUAUCCUUAACAUAAUGCUGCACCAAACCUAGUUGUUUCUUACAUAGAUUUUGGCAUCAAUCACCUUGGACAGAAAUUCCAGCUCACUUUUCCCCUAUAAUAGAUUCAGCAAGUUAUUUACUGUUCUCUAAGCUUGAGUGCCCUUAUGAAAAGUAGGGGUGAUAAUAAUAAUAAAACCCACCCGUAGAGAUUUUCAGACUUAAAUGGGUCAAUUAAAGUAUUUAACAUUGUAGUUGAAAUGUAGCAAGGACUCAGAAAAGACUAAGUAUAAUUUCUCUUAUUUUUAGAUAGAAUUAAACCUGUUGCUUUUUAUUUUACCCAUAUUUAAAACAUAAAAUUGGAUUUUCACUUGUCAACACUAAUUUAGAAACAAACCCUAGAAUCAGAUUUCCCCCAGGGCACUCAAAAAAGGAUAUCAUGAUAAGGAAGGAUGUCUACCAUAGCUCAAUAAUAAUUUCAUAGAGAACAUUAAGAGUUCAUUAUUCUGCUGGGUUUUGUUGAAUGAACUGUGUAAAAUGUAAGAAACAGUCCUUGUCAUCAAAUAACUGCCUAUUGGAAAGAGAAGCUAAUGAUAGAAAGUUAAGGGAUAAACUGUGUGGCCUGGAAAUAAAAGUUUAGCAAAGGGUGACAGUAGAGUGGGCUGACACGUAUUAGGGAAAAUUUCCUAAAUAAACAGAAUAAAUUUUCCUCACAUUCUUGGACUGCAGCAGGCAGAACAGAGCAAGCACCUUCCUGAGAUACCUGUUUGGCUGCUUCUGUUGGUCUGCCAAAAUGUCUGAAAGAUCAGAUCUCCUUCACUUCAAGUUUGAAAAUUAUGGAGAUUCAAUGUUACAAAAAAUGAACAAAUUAAGAGAAGAGAAUAAAUUUUGUGAUGUUACAGUUCUCAUAGAUGAUAUUGAGGUACAGGGGCAUAAAAUUGUCUUUGCUGCAGGUUCCCCCUUCUUAAGAGACCAGUUUUUACUGAAUGAUUCCAGAGAGGUGAAAAUCUCCAUAUUACAGAGUUCUGAAGUGGGGAGACAAUUGCUCUUAUCCUGUUAUAGUGGUGUGCUGGAAUUCCCUGAGAUGGAACUGGUAAAUUACUUGACUGCUGCAAGUUUUCUUCAAAUGAGCCACAUUGUAGAACGAUGUACACAGGCCCUGUGGAAGUUUAUAAAGCCAAAACAACCAAUGGAUAGUAAAGAGGGAUGUGAACCGCAGAGUGCUUCUCCCCAGGCAAAAGAACAGCAGGGAGAUGCCAGAGGCUCCCCAAAGCAGGACUCACCUUGUAUUCAUCCAUCUGAAGACAGUAUGGAUAUGGAGGACAGUGAUAUUCAGAUUGUUAAGGUAGAAUCUAUUGGGGAUGUAUCAGAGGUUAGAAGUAAAAAAGAUCAGAACCAGUUUAUUUCUUCUGAACCCACUGCUUUACAUUCAUCAGAGCCCCAGCACUCUCUGAUAAAUUCAACUGUGGAAAACAGAGUAAGUGAAAUAGAACAAAACCAUCUCCACAAUUAUGCCCUCUCUUACACAGGCAGUGAUAACAUCAUCAUGGCCUCAAAAGAUGUUUUUGGGCCUAAUAUUCGAGGUGUAGACAAAGGCCUACAGUGGCAUCACCAGUGCCCAAAGUGUACCAGGGUGUUCCGUCACCUGGAGAACUACGCCAACCAUUUAAAAAUGCACAAACUCUUUAUGUGUCUACUCUGCGGCAAGACUUUCACUCAGAAAGGCAACCUUCAUCGACACAUGCGCGUACAUGCCGGAAUUAAACCUUUCCAGUGUAAAAUCUGUGGGAAAACCUUCUCUCAGAAGUGUUCCUUACAGGAUCAUCUUAACCUUCACAGUGGAGAUAAGCCCCAUAAGUGUAACUAUUGUGACAUGGUUUUUGCACAUAAGCCAGUUUUGAGGAAACACCUUAAACAGCUGCAUGGCAAAAACAGCUUUGAUAAUGCCAAUGAGAGAAAUGUGCAAGACCUCACGGUGGAUUUUGAUUCUUUUGCAUGUACAACAGUCACAGACUCUAAAGGGUGUCAGCCACAACCUGAUGCAACACAGGUCCUGGAUGCAGGUAAACUGGCCCAAGCUGUCCUGAACUUAAGGAAUGAUAGUACUUGUGUGAAUUGAGGAGGGGCUUCAUGCUCACAGCUAGAGCUGACCGAGAAGGUGGCAAUAGGCUGAGUCUUUUUAGGAGUGAUUUUGCUAGUUCGACUUCUCCAAAGCCUUUGUACACAGGUGGUAGGGGACAAGUCAAAGCACUAAUAGGCCAGGCAACUCCCCACUUGGAGUGGUUUUGCCUUCCUUUUGUCCUCUCCUGUUUUCAGUUUUUGAAUUAUUUAUUCUGUGAUGUCUGUUUUCCUCUCCUAAGGAAUAAUUCCAUUUGUCUACCUAAUGUCGACUUAUGUCUUAGACUGACACUAUUUUAGGCCUUUCAUCAGGCACAUUCCGAAGGUACCAACAAGUUAAUAUGCCUAAUUUUCUUUAAUAGGUGGUAUGCUGAGAGAAAUGAAUAGUAAUUUUGGGGGGCAGAGAAUAGGCUAAGAUAUGAAGUGAUAUUGCUGUUGACUUAAAUAUGUGAUAGAACUAUCUGGUUGCCUAUUGAUAAUUCAUACAUGUCUGAUAAAUGAAUGAAUCUGCUUCCUACCAUUUGUAUUUGUCUUGGAGCUGGCUAUAAAGAAGUAUAUUGGUUUGUUCUGUGCUGUUUCCAACAGUAUUGUAGCCCAACUUCAUUUCAUUGACAUGUUCACAUAGAGCAGAGGACAUUAUUUUUAGCAACACCAGCAAACAGAUAGACAUCAGCAUGAGGAGAAUAAUCAACAAAGGAUAGAAAUAUAAUUAUACAACACCACAUAGGAUGUUUUCCUGAGAGCAGUCCCACCAAGAGGCCAGAUGCUUAUUCUUACUAUGUAACUUUCUUGUUGAUGGGUGUGAAAUCAAGAUUGCUCCAGACUAUGGUCUCUUUAAAAACCAUUUGUUUGGUUGUCUCUGAUGUUAAUUUCACAGUCCAGCUAUCAGAAAGGUGAGUUUGGCCCUUAAUUAGAAUCUUCUCUGGUGUGCUAUAAGAAUCUGUGAAUUUCCAUUUCCUGUUGUAUCUUCUGUCAUGGCUGGAAAGAGUUAAGCCUCACACAAAAGAUUUUUGCAACAAGAUAUUCAUCUUAAAGGCACACUGUCCCACCUUGACACCUUUUAAAUAUUGCCAACAGAAAGUUGAUCUUCCAAUACAGCGAAACUAAAACAGCUCUUUUCCCUAAAGGACAUUAUACUUCAGAUUUAAAAUUUUAAAUCUUCUUGCUGACUCAUGAGUUUGAUAUAGGUAAUAAAAGUGUUAACAGUCCUUUGAGAAUCUUAAUAGAGCAUUAUUCUACUUUUUUUCAUUUAAGUUCAGGCAUUCAAAGCACAAAGAGGUGGCCUGACCAAGAGUGGCAAUAGUAGAUAGUGACUGCUCAGGAGCUGGGAUCUCCUGCUCAUUAUCCCUUGGCUUAACAAGUUGUAGUAUAUGGUGAAGAGUGACGCAGUAGCCAGAAGUUCCCAAUUGGCACUUGGCCUUUGUAUCUCCCUCUUGGCUUUCUGAGACAGCCUGCAUUUUGCCAACAAAAUACCACAGAGGUAUAGUCAGAUGAGUUUCACACUUUUCUCAAGCAAGUCACUGACUUCACUGUGUUGGUUAGGGAGGGAAAGAGCUAGUAAGAAUAAUGUGAUAAGGAUCCAAAUGUGAAAUUGAUUUUGUCUGGGAAACAAUGUUUACAUAGUUAACGUCAGGGUUUUGUUUUAUCAUUUUCAGCUGUGAGAGUGUAUGCACAAAUAACCCCAAAAUUAGGCUUAAUUUGUAUAGUUGGAAGAAAUUCUUAAAUUUUCACUGUGAUACAUUUACAUGCAAGUCAGAUUUUAAGUUUGAUUGCUAUAUUUUGUUCAAUUAUUUCAAAUGCAAAUGCAUGUACAGUUGAAUUGGUAAGACCAAUGGGUACCUUAUAUCCAUCACUCAUUCUGUGCUUCCUAGCAUUCUGAUUUUUAUAUAUCCAGCCAAAGAGUACCAAUACUAUGCAACAGUCUCUGUCAUGUAAAUCCGUGUUUUUGGUAUUCUCUCAAAACAUCAUCUCUUCACAGGAAAGUUUCAAGUUUGGAGUGCUUCCCUUGCUCACAUUCAUGUUCUGUUUGUGUUACUGGUUUGAAGACUAAAAGGCACGAGUUCAAAUAAGAUUGGUCUCUUUGGUUGGAGACUAGUUCUGGGUUCAUUCAGGUAUUCAAGAAACAUUGAAUACGCACCUACUGUUGCCAGGCACUAUGCUAGAUACUGAGGAUAUGAAGGUAAGAUUGAUAACAGUCCUGCCCUCAUAGAGCUCAUAGUCUCAUGUGGUCUUAGUGAAACAAGGUCUCGAUUGUGAUUUUAUCCUAGGAAUAAUCAAACUGCCUUGCUUUGAUCAUUUAAAAUCAGUAUUUUUAUGGUUUUUAUAUCAACAGAACUUUUCAUUCUCACUGUUUGCAAAUGCAAACCACUGCUUUACAGUCUCCUCCAUUUCUUGGCUGGAGAAGUGUUCUGUUUCUGUGAGACAUUUUCUAAUUUUGGUGGGACUUGACUUUUCUCCUUCUUUGCAUACAUGUUUUUAGAUUAUAUUGCAAAGAGAUCUCAAGUUACUGGCAUUAUCAAGUAUGUUUUGUAGGGGAAGAUGACUUUAAAACUAGUCAUAUUCCUGUAGAGAAGGAAGAUAUUUUUAAAACCUUAGUCUUCAUUUGUAUUUGUAUUUUGUGGAUCCACAGUAUAAGUAAAAAGGAGAAGAGGACUCUCUUCACCAUAGUUUGGUUUUUUAAAACAUUACUGUUUCACACUUAUUUAUUUAUUUAAUUUUAAAGACGAACUCCAAACUAAAGUGGCUCUGAGGUAUACCAGAUGUGAUUUUGUUUGACUCUAUUAGAAGAUCUAUACGUGAAAGGUGACUAGUGUCACUGCUUCUAAAAUAUUGUCCUAAACAAACCCAGAACAUUUUAUUUCAGCUCGUGAAUAGCUGUUCUAAAUCUGUUGUAUGUUAGACAUACUAUGAACUACCUCUUCACUUAUUAUGGGGAAGUUUCCUUAAUAAAAAUA